UCAUGGGAAAGAUGCUUAAACUUCUGGUCGUUCAAAGGGAUCUAUAACAAAGCUUUGAUGCGCACAAUAGCCCAUCAAUUGGUUGAUCUACUCUAGGUAAACGUUCGACAAUUGCCAGAGAAAGACUUCUCAGACAUGGUUCAAAACCAUUCGUCUUUCCUUUUUGAUGCUGCAAUAUCAGGGAACGUUGAGUUUCUAAUUAUACUUAUACGAUCAUAUCCUGAUCUCAUAUGGAGUUUAGACGAGAAAAAAAGAAGUAUAUUUCACUUUGCUAUUAUAUAUCGGCAAGAGAGUGUAUUCAAUCUAAUAUAUGAGCUAGGUGCCAUCAAGGGUAUCAGCGCCCUCUAUACUGACAAUCACCAUAACAAUAUGUUGCAGUUAGCUGCAGAAAUAGCUCCUCCAGACCGACUAAAUAUCAUAUCAGGGGCAGCACUUAAAUUGCAACGAGAGCUAUUGUGGUUUAAGGAGAUAGAAAAGAUUGUUCAACCUUCAUACAGAAAGAAGAAGAAUAUAGAUGAAAACAAGAAAACUUUAGAUACACCAUGGGAAUUAUUUACGAAGACACAUAAGAAUUUGCACAAAGAAGGUGAAAAGUGGAUGAAGGACACUGCAAACUAUGGCAUGCUUGUGGCGACAAUGAUUGCCACUGUAGUUUUCACUACAGCCUUCACUGUACCAGGUGGCAACAAUCAAGAAUUAGGCACUGCAAUUUUAUUAAGUGGCAAAUGGUUUAUGGCGUUCUUCAUAUCAGAUGCAAUUGCAUUGGUCUCCUCAUCGACAUCGAUAUUAACGUUCUUGUCAAUCCUCACAUCACGCUAUGCAGACAAGGAUUUCCUGUACUCAUUACCUGCAAGGUUGUUGCUUGGACUUGCAACACUUUUCAUCUCUAUAGCAAGCAUGGUGAUAGCUUUCAGCGCUACCUGCUUUCUGGUAUACGACAGUGAAAUCACGUGUUCCAAUUAUUAUAACAAGUUUGGCUGCCAUUCCAGUUACAUUGUUUUUAACUUUACAUUAUAGACUUUGGGCGGAUAUAUUCCGCUCAACAUAUGUUUCUAGGUUUCUUUUCCGACCACAUGAACGUAGAGUUUUCUAGGAAAAAUUCAACUAGGCAAUUGACUGUUGUAUUUAAGUUCUGUUGUUAGGAUUUUUCCCUCAUACAUAUUGUUUUGUCAUAAAGGAUUGUCGGAAUUUUCUAUUUUUGCACUAGUUUGCAAUUUAUCAAUGUGGGCUAGAAAUGCCCACCCUUACCCUAAA